CUUAACUGCCAAUUGUUGCUUAUUGAAUCAUGGCCAUAUUUUGUGAUUCACCUGGUUCCCAGAGCUUUGAUAAGAUCAAAUAUAAAGUAACCCAUGGAGAUCGAGGCUCGUGAACUGCGUGGUCACCAGAGGGAGGUGUACGUCUGCGCCUGGAAUCCCGUCAGAGAUCACCUGCUGGCCAGCGGAUCGGAGGAUGGCACCGCCAGGAUUUGGGACACAUCCGAUGGGGACAGCGACUCCAACCACCUGGUGCUGCGCCACUGCGUCUUGAAAGACGGCGUCAAGGUGGGCAGACACAGGGACGUAGUUGAUCUGGAUUGGAACGCAGAUGGCACACUGCUGGCCACUGGAAGUCACGAUGGUCAUGUGCGAAUUUGGAGGACAGACGGCCAACUGGUCACCACUCUGGAGCGACAAGACACUAUGAUUUUUGUGCUCCAGUGGAGUAAGAGCAGCAAAUACAUCCUCACAGGGGGAGGCGAGAAGACCACGACGGUGUGGGACGCAACAACGGGUCUCUGCCGGCAGCAAUUCGAUCUGAGUAGUGCUCCAGUUCUGGCUGUGGACUGGCGAAGCAGCGACACCUAUGCGCUUUGCACGGAUCGCCACAUCUAUGUGUGUCAGCUGGGAGUGAAUGAACCCAUCAAAACGUUCACAGGCCACACGGAACCCGUCAAUGCGGUCAAGUGGAGUCCGCAGGGCGAUCUCCUGGCCUCCUGCGCCGAUGACAGGACCCUUAAGAUCUGGAAUGUGAGCUGCGGUGGCUGCCAGCACACUUUGCAGGGACACUCCGGUGGAGUCACCGCACUGGCAUGGUCGCCCGCGGGCCCGGGAACCAGUUAUCCCACUGCCAAGCUGAUCAUCGCCUCGGCCUCCAUGGAUUCCUCAGUAAGGCUGUGGGAUGUUGAAUCCGGCAGUUGUAUUCACACAUUCACCGAGCCCAGGGAUAGGCUCUUCACUGUGGCCUUCAGUCCAGAUGGUAGGCAUCUGGCCUCCGGAAGCUUUGACAAGUGCAUCUACAUUUGGAGCUCCCAAACUGGACAGCUGCUACACAGCCACAACGCCUCUGGCAGCAUCUUCGAGGUCAGCUGGAACUCGAGCGGAACUAAGCUGGCCGCCAGUGCCUCCGAUGGCAGCGUUAUUCUGCUAGAACUUCAUGAUAUCGGUAACACUAUAGUCAAAUGCCUUAACUAUCAGUUAACCAUUAAACAGUAAACAAUACUACAAAAUGUUUUUAAUUAUUAAACAUUUUUAAAACUUUUGAAUGCCUGCGGGUAAAUGAAAAAUGUUCUUGAAUGGGUUAUUUGUUUAACUUUUAUCAACAAAUGUUAAAUAUUUUCAUUCCUCGUAAAGUAUGUAUGUAGUAACUUAGCGUAAAACGUUUUGUUGUUUUGAUUCACUUUGUUUUAAGUCGUACUGAUUACGUUUCUUGAAUUAGCGACUUUACUCCACACAACUGAAGAAAAACACUGAUUAAAACAAUACAAAUUCCUUAUUGAUAUGGUUAAAUUACCAAGUAAACUAAUACCUUAAAAUAAGACCUUAAAAAUAUGUACAUACUUAUUUGUUUGAGAAAUAUUUCUUAUAGCAUGAACAUUAUUUUUUAUUUAACAAGGAAGCGAUAUUGUUUCAAAA